CUUCCUGCUCCCCUCGGUAUUCACCACCAGUCAGCGAGGACACUGUCACCGGCGGAGAGUCGCACUGAUAAGCGGGGGUCAAAAUGAAAGUCUUCGGUGUAUUUGCGGUGAUCCUGGCAGUUUACUGCGCACAUGCAACGGUUCUCUUUCGGGAGGAGUUCCUGGACGGUGACGAGUGGACAAGUCGCUGGGUCACCUCCAAACACAAGUCUGACUAUGGAGAGUGGAAACUGACGGCUGGUAACUUCUACGGAGAUGCUGAGAAAGACAAAGGUCUUCAGACGAGUCAGGAUGCUCGUUUCUACGCUACCUCGGCCCGUUUUGAGCCUUUCAGCAACGAGGGCAAGUCUGUGGUCAUUCAGUUUUCAGUCAAGCACGAGCAGAAGAUUGACUGUGGUGGGGGCUACGUGAAGGUCUUCCCCGCAGAUCUGGAUCAGGCCAACAUGCACGGAGAAUCCUCGUACUACGUCAUGUUUGGUCCUGAUAUCUGUGGCUAUAGCACCAAGAAAGUCCACGUGAUCUUCAAUUACAAGGGCAAGAAUCACCUCAUCAAGAAAGAGAUCAAGUGCAAGGACGAUGAGCUGACCCACAUGUACACACUGAUCCUGAAUCCCGAUCAGACCUAUGAAGUGAAAAUUGACAACGAGAAGGUAGAAUCUGGCAGUCUGGAGGAAGACUGGGACUUCCUGCCUCCCAAGAAAAUUAAGGACCCUGAAGCCAAGAAGCCAGAGGACUGGGAUGAUCGUGCCAAGAUCGACGAUUCUGAUGACACUAAGCCUGAGGAGUGGGACAAAGCUGAGAACAUUCCAGACCCUGAUGCUAAAAAGCCUGAAGACUGGGACGAGGAUAUGGACGGAGAGUGGGAGCCACCCAUGAUCCCCAACCCAGAGUACAAGGGAGAAUGGAAACCCAAACAGAUCGACAACCCCGACUACAAAGGAGCAUGGGUGCAUCCUGAGAUUGACAACCCUGAAUACAGUGCCGAUUCAAACAUCUACAAGUUUGACAACUUUGGUGUUUUAGGUCUUGAUCUUUGGCAGGUGAAAUCUGGCACCAUCUUCGACAACUUCCUCAUCACAGACGAUGUGAAGGAAGCAGAAGACAUUGCAAAUGAGACAUGGGGUGUGACAAAGGAACCAGAGAGGAAAAUGAAGCAGGAGCAAGACGACCUGAAACGAAAAGAAGAGGAGGAGAAGACCAAAGAACAAGAUACUGAGGCCGAGGAGGAAGAAGAUGAAGACGUAGACGAGGAGGAAGAAGAGGAGGAGGAAGAAACAAAAGAUGAAUUAGAGGAGGCACUUUCAGAAAUGGAGGAGGAGGAAGCAAAAAUUAAAGAUGAGCUUUAAGGAGGUUUGGGCAGAUAUUGUUCUGUCCCUCCAUUAGAAACUCUGUCCUGUAUUUCCCGGGGGGUAUUGUGGCUGCUGUGCAUCCUUUCCCUGAGAUCUGGACACGACUCAACUUGGGGGGCAAAUGUAGUGAAGUGGGGCAGGUGGGUGUUUUAAUGGACUUAGUUUCUCUUUCAUUUUGGUCUUGAUGUUGCCCUGUUGAUUGUAAGGUCUUUCCACCUACAGAAAGCCAUUCCUCAUUUUGUAAUAACGGAGAAUAAGGAGGCACUGAACUCCACUAUUUUCUUGAUUUUUCUUGAUUUACACAUCCAUGUUAUUUGCAGAUUCCCUUGCACACCUUGCUCAUCUGACAGUUGUCUGUGAAAAAAAGUGGUAAAUAUGGCAAUUGGGGAUGUACAGAUAUGGAAACAUCCAAAUGUUAAUAUAAAAAGAUAUCUUUCAGCCAAAAUGCACAUAACUGAAGAUAAAAGUGCAAAAACCUUUAGACUUUCAGCAAAAUAAAUAACAUUAAAUCACUAAAUACUGACAGAAAUAAAGACUGAAAACUUAUUUUGGGUGAUGUCUUUGGCACUGAGUUUUCAUUUUCUUUUCCACAUUCUGCGCAAUUGAAUGAAAUCAAAGUGUUUUUCUACAUUGAAAUGAUAGUUAUUCAAAAUGUCUUCAUGAUAAUGUGAUGGAACCUGCAUUAUAUCCUGAAAAAAUCUGGAGAAACAAGAUGGUGAGCGUGCCCCUGGUAUGACUCAUGACAAUACUAAGGGUCACACUUAUUUUUAUUGGACAGAAUGUUAUUGAUACCAAAGUUUUUAUUAAAAGAUUAUAACCUUAA